AGCCAGCUUCCGGGCUCCGCCUCCAGAUGGCGCCCCAUCCCAGGGAGCAGCAAGAUGGGAGUCGGUUCUCACAAAGUCAAUGAGGCCUUGUUACAUUUUCCUCGGGAGAAAAGAACGAAGGCUCCGAGAGAGCCAGCUUGCGAGGCAUGAGGGAGCACGCCUGAGUCCCAGUGUAACGGAGCACAGCGCACAGCGGCCAGCCUCUCCGUGGCUGUCUUAGCUUCUUUCCCUUUCGCCGUGAUACCUCGACAGAAGCAACUCAGGAGAGGACGUGCGUGCUCGGGCUCACAGUUCAAGAGCUUGCAGCCAACCCUGAUGACCCGAGUUCAAACCAGCUGAACUGUUGACAUUCUCCCUCCUCUGUCUCUUGAUCUUCUGAGAUAACCCAAGAGAUGAAGGGCCUCCUCACACUGGCUUGGUUCCUGGCUUGCAGUGUGCCUGCAGUGCCCGGGGGCUUGCUAGAACUGAAGUCCAUGAUUGCGAAGGUGACUGGGAAGGAUCCAAUAAUGAACUAUGGCUUCUAUGGCUGCUACUGUGGCUGGGGCGGCAAAGGGACCCCCAAGGAUGGUACUGAUUGGUGCUGUCAGAUGCAUGACCGCUGUUAUGGGGAACUGGAGGAGAACGGCUGUAGCAUCUGGACCCAAUCCUAUAACUACAGAUUCAUACAGGGGUUGGUCGUCUGCGAAUAUAUGUCCUACUGUCCGGGGAAGCUUUGUGACUGUGACCGGAAGCUGGUCUACUGCCUGCGGAGAAACCUCUGGAGCUACAAUCCUCUUUACCAGUAUUACCCCAACUUCCUCUGCUAAUGCCCUGCGUGGGCUCUGCUCCGGGGGUGCCCCUCACAGUCGAGGUCCCCCUCUGCUGUAUCCCUGAUGCACACCCCCAAGGUCUUAGAUCUGUCUUCCUCUGUGCUCCACUGGGCUGGACAGAACCCCAGGACUACACUUCAUUUUCCAGAGUCCCAGAGAGGGAAUUCUGAUCCAGGCUUGGCAAACUCCCAGGAUGGCUGAGCCUGCACUUGUGAAGUUGGAUCUGGGCCCAGAAGUUCCCCCCAGCUCCAGGCCAGCGCCAUGUUGACUUUUCUUUCAAUUUCUGGAACUGAACUGUCAUUACCACCCUCCAGAGACCUUUCACUCGAGUAGAAGCCAAAUUAACUCUAUAAAUCUGUUAUGUAGAUAUUAAAUAAAACCCAUUCUCAAGGCUAGUAAA